AGAGAGUCGACUGAUAAUAUUGAAGAAAGGAUUGGGGUAGGUCUGAAUCAGAGUAAGGGAUUGGUCCAAUCAAAUACAGAUCAAUCUGGAUUUAAAAAUAGAAAGGGUCUUGUGACUCCAGAGUCAAGCGUAAAGAGUAACAAGCUGCCUCAAAGUGUGACUAAGAUUCCAUCUCCAUUGGCAAAUUUGAGACAGCUGAAUUCAAAUCGAUUCAAACCAGUGAAAGGGAUUGUGAACCAAGCUGGUGAUGAGAAGAAUCUUGGAAAUGACUCUUCUGGCGUUCUUGAUACUUCCAUUGGAGACUUUAAAGAACCUCCUUCCAAAACUGUCAGUGGUGGCCAUCGAAGUGGGGGGACAUUAAGACCUGCAGGAUCAAUGGUGCAGAACAGCAGACCCCUGGUGCCAAGGCCAGAGAUGGUCCAGGGCGGUCAUGGAACUUGUGGUUCUGGGAGUGCAAGAAAGCCGAUGAUGUCAUCCCCACCUCAAGGUCUCUGCCUCCCUCCCCAACAGAACACACCAAGAACAACUCACAAAGCACCCAAUACUCCUUUGUCUUCCAGGGUUACCUCAAUGUCCCAUGAACAGUCUAGCAAUAGUUCAACCACGAACACACUUAUGCCCGGUAGAACCUUCCGUGGAAGACAAACGGGUUCUAAUGUGCAGACGAGAAAUCAGAAUGCAGCUCAGUCUCCUCAUACAGGGCCAGGAUGUAACGUCAGUCCAGGUUAUGAUAACCUAAGCAGAGGUAUGGGUGCUGCCAUGCAUUCGCCUCAAUCAAAGACAGGUGGGUCAUCAUACGGUCAAACUCCACCACACCGCGGCCAUGAUCCUAGAUACGGCACACCUAGGGGAAAUCACCGUACAACUCCUGGGAGUUCAGUCCGAACUCCCACUAUGCAUGGGAGGGGCAGGGACACUGGGAUGGGACACGCCCAACGAGAGCACACUCCUGCAGCCGGGCACGCCCAGCGACACCAAACCCCGGUAGCAGGACACGCCCAGCGACAACAAACCCCAGUAGCAGGACACGCCCAGCGACAACAAACCCCCAUAACGGGCCAUGCCCAGCGACAGCACCCUUCCUCGAAUAGACCUCUCUCCAAUCAGAGACAGCCCAUUCCUGGACAGCAUUCAAGACCCGUCUUGACUCCUCGUGUGGCCCACCUCUGCAAAGGAUCAGGACCCAGUCCUGGAGCAGGUGCGGUCCAUGGUGGGACCAGGAAGUUUCCUGGACCCGCGGGACUGCUACCUAAACUGACCCCUGGUCUGAAGCUGAAAGAUGCAGCAGUUGCUCUCAAGAAAAAAGUUGAAGAAGAAACAGAAGAACAACUAUCCCAGGAAACAGAGGAGUCUAGUGAGGAAGUCACAAAUGUUGGAGACUUUGAACAUGGAGCCUGGUUUCUGAUGAAGACUGAACUUGGCAUCAGAGAUGGCGAUCCCAACUCAAUCCUUCAACAGAACAAUUUAGCCCUUGUCAUUAGGAAGGCAAGUCUAAAGCAGCUCACCAAGAACAAAGUGAACCAUCUGUGUGUGAUGAUCAAGACUAUCUCUCUCAACAGCAGUGAUGCCAGCGUGAGCCUGUGUGAUCCCAGCGGCGAGAUGCAGGGGACUAUUCACCGAAGGCUGAUUGAGGAGUACCAGGGCGACCUUAGACCUGGCUCCGUUCUGGUCCUUAGACAGGUUGGAGUCCUGAGCCCAUCGCAGCGCAACCAUUACCUCAACAUCACUCCAAGCAACCUCAUCCAGGUCUUCCCAGGGGAGAGCAGCAGCAGGCCAGGCAGUCAACAGACGCCGAAGAGAACUAGGAAACGCUCUGGAAAGACACCAUCCGGAAAACGUUCAUCCGAGAAAGGGAUCCCAGAACACAGCCGUCUUCCGUCCACAGAAGGGAGCUUAGCUCCGGGUAGGAGAGAUGCAAAUGACGAGAGAUUGGGAUCAAGUGAUGCAGUGGAUGUUGUCACCAUGGAUACUGACACUUACAUGGAGCAUGGUGAGGAUGCUGGGAUUUGGGAGGAGAUGCUUGAUGAUGAGGAUGACGAGGAUGUGCUGCUGAUGGAUUCGCAAGUCGGAGAAAACGAUAUGAGAUCCAGACUGGACACUAGGAAAGAGGAACCGACGGAAAAUAGAGAUAAACAUUUUGAUGGGGUUGAUUAUUCCAAAUCUACAUCAGGUUCAUCUGCUUCAUCAUCCUCCUCCAAAGCAGUAACCACUCAAAUCUCUCCAGCUCAUCAGCCUUCCCCAACCUCAUCUACAACUGUUACCAUCCCUCUUACCUCCACCUCCUCCUUGACAUCAUCAUCACCUACAGGAAUGGUCCCCAUAGCAACCAAAAGAUGCCAUCCCAUUCCAUCCAAGCCCACUCCUAGCGUGCUGAAACACCCCGAGGAGAUGAAGAGACCGUGUCUGAGGGACAUCUCUGGCCUGGGGUCCAAUACCGGUGGAGGAAACCUGACGGAUGGACCGAACAAGGGCCAAAAGCCUGCCCCCAACAACUUUAGAGAAGAAAGUAUUGGUGAUCUACUUGAUGGUCUUGAAGAUGAACUUUUUGAUGACUUUUGAGAGUGAAAGGAUGACGUUCAAG